CAAGGAACUAAUUACCGCUUCCCCUUCCCCCUCCCUUCCCAGUCUCUCCCAAGCCCUAGCUCACGGUGAACCAGAAAAACCUUCCGUCCAUCGCUCUUCGCAACAUUUCAUUAUCACAUCGGGACUGUAAAUCUGCACAACGCCCGUCCUCUCUUGGGAUUUAGCGCCAUUUUUGCCGUUCUCUGGUGUUUCAGAGUUUCGAUUUGGGUUUGGGCACUUUCAGGUCGUAGUCAUUAGCCAAAGUAACCGACCCUCCACAGCAAGAUGAAGCGGGUGUGCGAGUCCAGUGCUGAUAGAAUCACCGACCUUCCUGCCGAUGUGAUACAGCGAAUUCUCGUGUUCUUACCCAUCAAAGAUGCAGCCAAAACUAGCAUCUUGUCAAGGAAAUGGAGACAUCAGUGGCUAAGUAUUCCUCAACUUGUAUUUGAUAAUGGUUUUGCCCAAUUGAAAUCUGACUUCGAAGCCAGGAGUAAGCUUAUAAUGCUGAGCGUCUACAGAACCCUGCUUGUUCAUGAUGGACCGAUCACCAAGUUUGAGCUUUCAGUCCUUGGGUUAGAGUUCUGCGAUGAGAUUGAACAUAUCGUCCGUUACCUUUCUAGUAAAGGUGUCCAAGACCUUAAACUUUCGUGUUCAAGUCCUAACCCUAGCACAGGUGGUUAUAAGAUACAUACUUCUUUGUUUUCUGCUCUUAACCUGAAAUCCCUGAACCUGAAUUCUUGUGUAUUUACACCACCAACUUGGUUCGUCGGCUUUAGUAAGCUUACUAAUCUUAAAUUAGUAGAUGCUGCUUUGCCGGAUGGUUUCUUCGUGGAUUUCCUUCCAAAGUGUCCGAUGCUUGAAUGUUUGGAGGUUAUAGAAUGUAGUGGACAUUCUGAUAAACUCGAGAUUGCGGCUCCAUUUCUCAAGUCCUUCAACUUAGAGGCUUAUUUCAUGGAAAUCUGCUUCAAGCAUGCUCCACUUCUGUCAGUUGUCGCACUUCAUUUGUCUGAAGCCGACACACCUGAUAUGGUACCUUUGUUUGCUUCUCUUCCGGCACUCCAGGAGUUCCAUGUUAACUAUGAUUUCCUGAGAGUAAGUCUAGUUCAUCACAUUCUAUAUCCCACUGUUGCAUAUUUUGCUUGACUCACUAAUGCUAUUAUGAGCUACAUAAUGGCAUUGUGUUUGGUUUUCUCUCAGUUCCUUGCUCAUGGGGAUGGUGAAACAACUGAUAGUUCCUUGCUCAAGCAUGUCCCUGCCAGGCUUCCUACCACUCUUCACCAGUUAACAGUCCUACACAUGACUGAUCUUGUCUUUGAUAAUUCAGAGAUGGAGCGCGUGUUUGUAUGUUUGAUCAUGAGUUCCCCCAACCUGCGUAGCCUCACAGUUCAGCUGUACAGAUUCAGUAUCGAAGAAUAUUAUCAGCCGGCAAAUGAUGAAGUUAGCAGCAUACGGAGGUUGUUGGAAGCAGAGGACUGCCUUGCUUGCCUUCAACAUCUUAGGGAGUUCACGAUUCUGCAGAGCCUUGGUGCUCAGGUUGAAAUGGACCUGGUGAGGUUCGUAUUAGCCACUGCCCCACUAGUUCGGUUCAUUCACAUUAUGCCUAUACACAAUUUCGACCCCAAGAGGGAAAAGGAUUUCAUGAGGGAGCUGAUGCGAUAUAAGCGUGUUUCUAAAGAAGCAGAGAUUAUAUAUAAUCGGGUCGACGAGUAUUGACAAUGAUGGUGGAGAGAUAUGAGCAUUUCUGUUUUUAGCAUAGCUUGCAUCUUCUAGGCUCAUUUUCUUCUCUUGCGCAGAUGUUUCCACAUUUCAUCAUUUCAUGUAGCCGAUAAACAACUGGAGCUCAGCAGCCAUCUUGGCAUGAGUUUUACUCAGAUAAUUAUUCGUCUAUUGUAAUCGUUUGUGCUUUCUGUGUACUGAUUUU